CAAAGGUCGUUUUUAUUUGGGGAGAGCAAAGACACACCGCCCUUUAUUUAAGGACAAAGUAAAAUUAGAUAAUUAGUUGUUGUUUAGUGUCUCAUGAGCCCAUAUGAUAAAAAAAAAAAAAUCAUUAAGGCAAAUGAUUAAUUACGCUUGAAAUAACACAGUGAAAUUCAACAAUUUGGCCUUCACAAUGCUUAAAUUCGAUUUUUUGUAAUUAAAUAAAAACUUAAUUGUUUUUUUCCAGUGAAUUCAAUCAAUUUACUAUUUGCAAACAUUGAAAUCAAAAGUGUGUCUAAUAGAGUGACUUGUUGUUUCGUACAUUUUUAAUAUGGUGAGUGUCACGUCUCAUUCAUUCAUUCACACCGGCUGUGGAUACGGCUGGCUCCGCUCCGCUGCCGUCACGGGCCCGGUGUGAAUCCUCCGGGGCUCCGCCUAAAAUCAGGGAGGGGUAACUGGUGCUUUCUGCGCCUGUGCAGUCUGUUUUCUAGUUUUCUCGUAUGUUUUUUGUCGAAGUCACGGUGUUUACAAUCUGUCAGAUGAGUGAUUACGCAAACAUUUGCACCGACUCAGCUGAUCGCUGCAAAAGAACGGGCGCUUUUGUAAAAGUGGAUUUUUUUUUUUCUUCUGAUUUUCUGUUUUUGUUUUUUUUAAUACCUCAACUUUGGUCCCAAACGAUGUUCAAGCAGACGCUGAAGAACUUCAGCAUUCAUUUCAACGCUCUGAAUGAGAAGAACACUGUGUCCAGUGGCGAUGUGAUCACAGGACACAUUUCCUUCGACCUCACCAAGCUGACGAAGAUCACCUCGAUCACGAUGGAGCUGAAGGGAAAGGCGCACGUACACUGGUCAGCUGGAAGUGGAGGGAAAAGGAAACGACGACGACACUUUUCGGCAAAACUGGAGUUUUUCAAGUUAAAAAGCGUCAUCUUGCAAGAACACGGUGCUGUUGAAGUGAAACUUCAGCCUGGCACGCAUAUGUAUCCGUUUACAUGUCAGCUCCCUCAGGGAGACUUCCCAUCCACCUUCCGGGGGCCAAAUGGACAAAUAACGUACUCCUUGACAGUGAGCGUGGACAGACCCUGGCAUAUGUCCAAGGAUUUUGAGACACAGCUGAACUUUGUCAGUCGCAUUAAUACCAACCAGCCAGAUCUGCAGGCUCCUCUCUCCGGCUCCAACAACAUGACGCUGUGCUGCCUGUGGUGUGCCUCGGGUCCUAUCACACUGACAGCCAGGACAGAGAAAAAAGCCUUCGUCCCUGGUGAAACCAUAAAAAUAAUUUGUGACAUUAGUAAUGCUUCAUCUCGAACAGCCACUCCGAAGGUGAAUCUGCUACAGAAACAGUUUUACUACACGCACAACAGAGUCCACAAGCGGAUGGUUCCAAUAAAGUUGGCAUCUGUGACUGGCCAGCCCGUCAGCGCUCACACCUCUGAUGUACAAACUCAGAUCAAGCUCACUAUACCCCCGACUGCAUCGGUUUCCAUCUCUAACUGCAGCAUCCUGAACGUUGAGUACUUAAUUGAGGCGAGCCUGAGUGUACCAGCUUCCCCUGACCUCACUGUGCUGUUUCCUAUCAUCCUGUGUGAUACCCCUGCUGGAAAAAUAAACUCGCUCAGUGUAAAGCUGAAGGGGAUAGCAGAAGUCCGAUGGUCUGAACAUAGCAGAGAUAACAAAAACAGCUGUGACAGCAAGGUGAAGUACUUCAGCAUCAAGGAAGCGAUCAUUCAGAAGGGCCAUGAUGCUCUAUCAACUGAGCUAAUCAACACCCCAGUUUUCUCAAUUUUCAUAUUUCUACUCAACCUCAGGCAAUCUAUACAAAGUGUGACUGAGUAUUACUGUCUCAUCCAGCCUGUUUUAUAUAUUGUGUUGUCUGUCAGAGACCUGCCAUCCUCUUUUACUGGCAAACAUGGAAAAAUCGAGUACACACUGGAGGCAAAUCUGAGCAGGACGAUGAGAAAAGACAAGAAAGCUACAGAAUAUUUAACCCUUGUUCACAAUGAGGACCCAAGAAGUGACCCAGUGUUGAUGACUCCACAGGCCAGAGUCACCAAGAAGAAAAUGCUCUUUACAUCGGGAGCAGUAAGCAUGGAUGUACAUAUUGAGCGAAUGGGCUACCACCAAGGGGAAGGCAUAAAGGUUGUGGCCUCCAUUCUGAACAGAUCAUCUCGAGAUAUUAAACCCAAGUACUGUUUGUAUAUGAAGCUGAGCUACUUUGCAAAAGAUGAGAGUAAGCUCUACACCAAAGAUGUCCUGAAAGAGGUGGGUGAUGCAAUUCCACCACCUUCACGUCCGACUGUCACCAGGAUCAUCACCAUCCCUCCUGACACGGAAGCGUCCAUCUUAAACUGUGAAAUCAUCAGGCUGGAGUAUAGGCUCAGAGUCUAUCUGGAUAUUAAGUAUGCUUUAGACCCCGAGAUCAAGUUCCCCAUAGUCAUCCUACCCGCUUUAAAGGUGCCUGAGGAGCAGCAUCAUCAGUCUGCUCAUCCUGUGUAUGGAUCUGGAACAUCUGCAAACUCAUACGUGGCAGGAGAGACCAACUUCCUGCAAAACUCAACAGCCUCAGGUCCUUCUACUCCUCCACCACCCUAUGAAACAUACGCGCUGUAUCCCUUGACUAAUUUCAGUGGAAAAUACUAGAUGCUGCAAUAUCACACUUGAAAGUCUCAGCGCUCUCUUUUUGAUUCACAGUUUGACACAUAGCUCCAGAUAAUGAGCUGGUGGUUUCAAAUAUUAAACAAAGUUUUUUGCUUAAUUCCUGUUAUUUAGACAAAAUGGCAAGAACAAUGGCAAUAGCAAAUGAUUUGUUUUCUGUAAUAUAUCUGGUAGAGUAGGAAUAAGAAUCUUAAGAGUAGGAAUGAAUGGAUUUGAUCAGGUUGUCUUUGAGCUUUUUAAAAUUUAAUGAAAAUUAAAAAAAGUGAUGGUGUUCAGUCCCAGUGGCUCUUGUGAACCACGUCCUGUUGACUUGGGCCCCUUGGUGCAUUACAGGAAGCAAACAGUCACAAACUUGGGUUUUAAGAUGGACAGUGAUUUUAAACUCGACCGGCAAAUCGGUGCAAUAGUUAAGUCCAGCUUUUUUCAUCUUAGGCAGCUGGCAAAGGUGAAGCCCUUCCUUGCACAAAAGCACUUUGAAACAGUAAUCCACGCCUUCAUCACAUCGCGGCUGGAUUACUGUAACGCUCUUUAUCUUGGAGUCAGCCAGUCCUCCCUCGCACGUCUCCAGUUAGUUCAAAAUGCUGCUGCUCGCCUCCUAACUGGAACACAUACGAGGGAACACAUUACUCCCAUUUUAGCCUCUCUCCACUGGCUGUCUGUGCACUUUAGAGUCCAUUUUAAGAUUCUUUUAUUUGUUUUUAAAUCUUUAAAUGGUCUCGCCCCGCCUUACCUCUCUGAGCUGCUCCACCCAUACACUCCUGCCCGGUGCCUCAGGUCAGCUGAUCAGCUGCUCCUGGAGGUACCAAGGGCUAAACGGAAGCUCAGAGGGGAUAGAGCCUUUUCCGCUGCUGGUCCUAAAUUAUGGAAUGACCUCCCUCUAUGCAUUAGACAAGCUCCUUCACUGUCCAUUUUUAAAACACGUCUUAAGACCCAUUUUUAUUCCUUGGUUUUUAA